GUUUUGGUAAACAAAUCUUAUCGGAGUACGGAGCAUGUUUAAACAGAGUUUAUGUUUAUAACAUUGGAGCGGUUCAAAUAUAUCGGCGGUGGAGGUGAUGAUUGGUAUCCGGAUUCUGAUGGGAGACUGCCACUGGAAGUUCGAUUUUGAAUCUCUUCUAUAUACAGGAUUCUAGUCACUCCUGUCGAUUUUAAAAUUUUUUGUGUGUCAUGACUUUUCCACCAUGCUUGGUAAUUGACACUUGACAGUGGCAUGAUGUAUUAUGGACAGUGGCGCCAGUAGCUGAGUCAGUCCAAGUUACUCCAAGUCAGUCUGACAUCUGACCAAGUCUGACUCUGACAUCACUGAGUCCUUGAAUGCGUUCCCGCAUUUACCGGAUUACACCAGAUGCUUCCCGAGAGGUUGUCCUCUCGAGAAAGGGAGAACGGUCACGUAGAAAUUAGACAAGUGUCAACGCGUGAGUCUCUAUUCGUUUAACGCUCCCCUAUACCUAGAUAAGAUGUGCGUAUCGGUGACGGCGCUUGGUCGACGAGGAUUUACCUCGAGGGAUAUUAUGCGACUCAGCGUUAAACGACCGCAUUGCUUCAGUUGCAAAUCGUCGAUGGAUAGUAUGCUAUCACGACAGUGUCCCACAUCAUUGUGCGUCGCCGAUGUCUCGCGAGUUCUGGGCUGGUUUCACCAGAGCUCGAAAAUGUUCUCUUCGGUGAGAACUCCGAUUUCCCCCGAUGCCAUCGUCGAUGCCUUGACGAAGCAGCAAGCGAAGGAGUUGGUGUCAAAGCUCUCCUCGGAGGAGCGUGGCUUGUUCUUGACAGCAUUGAACGAAUGCAAAUCAGCAGAGAAGAAGGCUGGUUAUGAAGGUCAAUUAGCUGCUAUUCGAUGGAGGAGCAAGUUAGGUAGACCUAGCAAAAUACCAUCGUUAGGCGAGGUGGAUCCUACAGGAACCUACUGCCCUAUGCCAGAUGAUUGGUUAAACCGCAAGUAUGUGCCACAGUUAGUUGAACACGUUGCAGAGCCAUCCACGAAAGACUUGGUACUCGUCGCGAUUGCGAAUGCAAUUCCGUUCGUUGGAUUUGGUUUUCUUGACAACUUCAUCAUGAUCGUUGCUGGCGAUCAAAUUGAAUUGAUGCUGAACAGAAGGUUUCCUAUCUCCACCAUGGCAGCAGCAGCGCUGGGCAACACGGUGUCCGAUGUCAUUGGAAUCGGUUCGGUGCAUUAUGUUGAGAUGUUUGCCCAAAAAAUCGGCUUUGAAGCUCCUAAAUUAACCUUAGCACAACUGAAUCUACCUAGGACACGGAUAGCUGCGAAUGUGGGUCGAGUUAUCGGUGUUACGAUUGGAUGUAUUAUUGGCAUGACACCUAUACCGUUAGCCGCGCUUUUCCGCAAUGGUAACUGAAUUAGCAAAAAAAAAACGACUGAGAAAAACGAAUUAAUUUAGUAAACUUAGUAUGUAGGACAGGCCGCAAAUAUCCCACAAUAAGUAUUUUAUUUUACACAAAUGCCUACAAACUUUUAUAAUUUUAAUGUUCAACUAUCGUAAA